AUGGCCCAUGCGGGCACUGGGGCCGCUACAAAUCAUUUAUCAGUCCCGGAUAUAGUCGUGGACGAAGACGAGUCUGUCUUCAACGAUGACACCUUACCCAGCUCUUCUCAGACCAUCGUCAAUCCCCGACCCGAGAGCGAUGGCUUCGACGCGUACGACCUGAGCUUCGAGUUCACGCCCAAGGAGCUUGAGUGGGUCGAUAAGACUACUCGUAUACGCGGACAGGCUGGUGGCGCGAACUAUCUUCAUCAGAUAGAGGAGGGUGGUGCGCCGGAACCGCUCGCUGACGGGGAGCUCGCUCGGAGUCCUUACGAUACGUUUCGCGCGUACCAGGGAUACCUCACCGUGCACGAUAUUGCCGGACCAUCUUGGUGUGAAUUCCAGACGGCGUACGACCAUCUUGCCGCGAGAAAUGAGAAGAACAAGGAGAAAGAGGAUGUACAGGAGGAGCAUCCGCGGAAGAAGCGAAGACUGGAGAAGGAGCCGGAGAGGGGGACGCAGACGACACUUGACGACUUCGACAAGUCUGAACGUGCGGGUGGCUCUGCGACGGCUGCCUUUAUGAAGCGCCUCCAGUAUAGGCCAUCUCCGGAACCUGAACCCUCGACGGUCGAAGAGAUUCCCGCGUACAGCAACGAGGACGACGCAGCAAGACGGCUCGUGAAAGAGAUCUUGUGUAUGGAUAGGUUAAGCACAUACGGCCAAUGCAACGGCAUGGACAUCUUUGGAAUGAUCAACGGCUUCGUGGUAACCGGAAAGCCUGACGGAGUCACACAGACCAUCGACGACCCAAGGGAACUAUCUUACGCAACACCUCCGUCUUCACGCCUAAACACCCCGGCCGCCGACGAAGUCGUGCUAGAGCAUUUGAAGGAGGAGCCACAGGGCGUUGAGUUCACGGAUAUCCGGUCUAUCAAGUACAAGCCCAAGGUCCAACCUCCCCGUGAUGAAGCGUCCGUCAAACUAGAACCCCCUUCUCCUAGACGUCUUCUCCGGCAUAUUGAAGUUCAACUAGAGCCUGUGGACGUCAAGUUGGAAUCGGUGGAGGUCAAACUAAAGCCUGAAGACGUCAGACUGGGAUCUGGGGACGUUAAAGUCGCACUAAACCCCGUCAAGCCAGAGCCAGCGUCCGAUGAGCGCAAGAAGGAGGACUGUGUCGAUGAGGCCCAGCGCACAAUCCUCACUAUCUGGAAGCGCAGGCCGUAUCCAGAGACUUACGAGCCGAACAACUUCACCGAGAAGAAAACCGGCAUUAUGCUGAUGUGCUACUACAAGCUCCUCGUCGACCUCUUCUCGCCGGACUACUCUUUCGAGCCUAUCUGGGAGAAGCUGGGUAUAGACGGGGACCGGCCGCUGACCUUGCAGUUCGUGAAGCAUGCGGACCAGUUCAUUCGGUUGGACAACACGAGGACUCUGAAUGAUCUCGUUGACGAGUUCUUUCGCCGCCGGGCGCAGGUGAAGAACUUGUUCGUCGAUUCUGCUCUCCGUAUUUCGUACGAACCCCGCAAAAAGGACCGUCGCGUCCGACCCGACUUCGUCUAUCAGUACUCGGCUGAGGCGCUAGAGUCAUACCUCGAUGAUGUACUCCAGUGGUGGCGGGGAGAGCGUCCUGCGAAGGGUGUGCCACCCGAAUCAGCAAGUCGAAAAUGCUCUAAGUGCAAACACUCGAAGACAUGUUGGUGGCGUCGUACACACGGCGGCACAAAACCCCUUCCUCCCACUGAUGACGACUGGUAG